AUGGACUCUGCUUUGGCUGCUCAGAUACAAGCUGGAAGGAGACUCAAGAAAGCAACUACCAAUGAUCGAAGUGCACCUGCAGUAGUUGGCAAACCAGCUGGAUCAAGUCGUCCCGGCGGUGGACUAGCGAGUGCACCACGACCACCGGGUGCUGGAAGUGCACCUUCUGUUCCAAAGAUUCCAGGCGGUGCUCCAGCAACUUCUAAUAAUUUGGGGACGCCAGCAACGAACAAUGGUCCUCCUCAGCUCGGCGGAUUGUUUGCCGGUGGGAUGCCUACACUCAAAAAGACCAACCACAGCAAACCAGCUCCUCCUCUUGCAGCUGCACCUCCGGUGCCAAAACAUACUGUGAACCCUCCAACCCGAGCACCACCUGUUCCGAAGCAUGCUCCUACUCAGCCCAUACCUUCUCGAGCUCCACCACCACCGCCAGCAUUGUCAUCAUCCACGGGGCCCUCUCGUCCCCCACCACCACCUCCAACAUUUGCUUCAGCACCCACUCGAAAACUGCCACCUACUACUCCAAUAGACACUCCGACUUCUCGAUUCACACCGCCCCAACCAACGAGAUCAUAUACGACAAUCACACCGCCCGUUCGACCUGCCUCGGCGGCUCCUGAGAUUGUACCCCCGGCCCGCCCUCCUCCACCUCCCAUUCGACCCUCACCAGCUCUUCAAACCGCUCCAGCUCCUCCUCCUCCUCCAUCAAUGAAACAACGCGCAGUUUCAAUGGCAAACCUCGUACCUCCACCGCCUCCACCUCGCCCGCCACAGCAGGCUGGUCAAGCUCCACCGCCUUUACCUUCAAGACCUGGAGCCAGGCCAGUUCCGCCGCCACCGCCACCGCGAGGGGGCACCGCUGAUGCCACUCCUGCUCGUAAGGCGCCUCCUCCGCCGCCUCGACCCAACUCAGCGGCGCCGACGCCAAACAUAGCUCGCCCAGCUUCUACACCCCCUAGACGAGCUCCUGCACCACCCCCACCAGUCAACCAACGAGCUCCUUCUCCUCCAAUGCCACCAAAUCGACUCCCUCCGCCUCCUUUGAGGCCUUUACCUCCGCCACAAGCUCCAGAGACCCCCGCGUCUCGCAGACCGGUAUCAGCACAUUUUCCUGAACAGCCUCCACCCCCACCACCACCACCUGGUAUCAGCCCCGCAGCGCGUGCACGGGUAAUGUCUAUGAUGGCCCCGCCACCACCGCCACCACCACCACAAUCAAAAGCCAGUCCAUCUACACCCUCGCCAACAGUCAGGCCAAUGAGUAUGAUCGUACCUAGUGCCAACCGGGAUCCUCCUAGAACCAGACCUGCUAGUCCACCUACUGUUUACUCUACCAAUCCACCACGAAACUUCCCUGAUUCCAGUCAAUUUCCACCACCUAGAGUGUUUAUGAGCGGUAUCGUACAUCAGUAUCCUAGUGCUAAGCCACGUGGAUGUGACUGGGAAAUGAAGGCGGUCUUGGGAUAA